UUUACAUUUCUCCCAAAACCUAAAAGCUCACUCGAUUGGCAGAGCAAAGCGGAGUUAUAUCCCGUCCCUUCCAUUUCACAGAUCAGAAAUCAAUCCAAUAAAUUCUCUCUCAAAAUGAUUUCCUAACUUACCUUGAUUUCAACACACCGAAAAAGCGCUCGUAUAAUUUGAUUAUUCAAUUUUAUUUUUAACGUUCUUUUAAAACCCUAUCCUCUUUGCUUGUUUCUCUGUGAGAAGAUGUCUUUUGAUCUAAUGUUGAAGCCGUAGUGUAGCGGCUGUGGAUCGACCAAUGAUUUGUAUGGAAGCAACUGUAAGCACAUGACCCUCUGCGUCAAUUGUGGCAAAACCAUGGCCGAGAACCAAGGCAAAUGCUUCGAUUGUGGCGCCAUUGUCACCCGCUUGAUUCGAGAAUACAAUGUUAGAGCAAGAUCUAGCACCGAGAAGAACUACUUUAUUGGUAGGUUUAUGAUUGGUUUGCCCAAUUUUUCAAAGAAGAAAAUGCUGAGAAUAAAUGGUCUCUGCAAAAAGAAGGACUACAAGGACGCCAACUUACUGAUGCUUUGCGGGUAUUAGAUUUAUCCUUUUCAGCUGUUGCUUGCAUGUUCCUACCUUUCACUUUAAGACGAAAUAGCUCAAAUUAUGUGGUGCCGCUAGUGCAAACUCCAAAUUCCACAAAAGGUUGAUGACAUUGACAAGAGAAAUAUAAGAACAAACCUUGGCUAUUGGAGGAUGAAACAGGGCAGGCUCAGUAUCAUGGCCAUCUUGAAGGUUCACAGUCUGCAACUUAUUACCUGCUUAUGAUGCAAGGAAAAGAAUUUGUAGCUAUUCCGGCUGGUUCUUGGUACAACUUCAACAAGGUUGCACAAUACAAACAACUUACAUUGGAAGAAGCGGAAGAAAAAAUGAGGAACCGGAGGAAGACUGCAGAUGGAUAUGAGAGAUGGAUGAUGAAAGCUGCAAAUAAUGGAGCUGCAGCAUUUGGCGAAGUGGAGGAGAUUGAUGACAAGGAAAGUGGUGUUGCUGGUGGGAGGGGGCGUAAAAAAUCAACUGGUGAUGAUGACAAAGGUCAUGUAUCAGAUAGAGGAGAGGAAGAUGAAGAAGAGGAAGCAGCCAGAAAGAAUAGGCUUGGACUCAACAAAAAAAAUGGUGAUGAUGAUGAAGAAGGUCCAAAGGGAGGAGAUCUUGAUAUGGAUGAUGAUGAUAUUGAGAAAGGUGAUGAUUGGGAGCAUGAGGAAAUAUUCACUGAUGAUGAUGAAGCUGUUGGUAAUGAUCCUGAGGAAAGGGAUUUGGCCCCUGAAGUUCCUGCUCCUCCGGAAAUCAAGGAGGAUGAAGACGAGGAGGAUGAAGAGCAGGAAGGAGGACUGAGUAAGUCUGGAAAAGAGUUGAAGAAGCUAUUAGGGAAAGCUGGUGGGCUUAAUGAUUCAGAUACAGAUGAGGAUGAGGUUGAGGAUGAGGAUGUGGAUGAUGAUAUGAGCUUUAAUCCUGUACUAGCUCCUAAGCAGAAGGAUGCACCUAAAGAAGAACCUGCUGACAAUAGUCCAAUGAAACCAGCACCUUCAGCUCGGGGAACCCCAACUACAUCUAAGUCUGCAAAGGCAAAGAGAAAAGUAAAUGGUGAUGAUACAAAGGGAUCUAAUGGUGCCCCUCUGAAGAAGGUUAAAUCAGAAUCUGAGUCAAAAUCGUCUGUGAAAGAGGAAAGUGCACUUGCUUCCAAAGGCAGUGUGCAUUCCAAAGGCACAGCAUCAUCUGCAAAAGCUGGAUCAUCAUCAGCUGCUGGUGGAUCAUCAUCUUCAAAAGCAGGAUCAGCAUCAGCAUCAACUGCUGGACCUGUAACAGAAGAAGAAAUUAGAGCGGUUUUACUACAAAAGGCACCUGUAACGACAUCAGAUCUUGUUGCUAAAUUUAAAGCUAGGCUAAAAUCUCCAGAGGACAAGAAGGCUUUUGCAGAUAUUCUAAGGCGAAUUUCUAAGAUACAAAAGACAAAUGGACCUAAUAACUACGUUGUCUUGAGAGAAACGUAAUGGUUAGAUCUCCAUGUUUUAACGUUUGUCCUAAUCAAUUUUCUUAUGCUUUGUUCUCAAAUGGUGGGGCUGAAUAAUCAUCUUGCAUUUUUUGGAAAUUGGUAUGGCAAGAGGCAAUAAGGCCAGAAAUCAAAGGUGGUAAGAGGAUAUGUAGUCUAUUCUUGUAAGCAGGCUCUCUGUUGUAUUGUGGACAUUGUAUACCAAAAUCUAUUUUCUAGAAUUUACAGUUUCACAUUUUUGUUAUCGGGUCUUACCAUAGAAAGUCAAUAGAGGAGUGGCUAAUGAAUCGCUCUAAGUUCUAAAUUUCGGGUUUAGGUGCCACCAUUUCUACGUUGCCUUAUCAUUCCGUUGAAAAUGCUCUCCAUUUUUUUUUUUAAAAAACCUACUUAUUAUCCUGUUGUUUUAUCAGUGGCUAAAUGUUCAAUUUAAAAUUAAAUAUUUGAGUGAUUGUUAAAUUCAUGAUUAAAUGUAGUAUUUUAUAUGAAUAAAGAUUAAAUAUUAUCGAUUUUGUAAUAAUUUAAGAUCCUUUUAAAUGAAAAUUAGGUUAUGAAAGACAUGCACUCUUAAAUUGCAGA